CUGGCUGCAAUUUUGCCAAUAUGGCCAGCCAAUCUUGGCUUAAUUUCUUCAUAAAGUAAGUGCUGUCCAUGCUUUUUACAGUCAAUGGUUUAGAAGAUCAUGUCUGAUUCUUGAUCACAUCACAGAAAACAUAAUGUGUAAAACAUUCUUAAAUAUGGCUUCCUUACUUGGCCAACACCUUUCAGUAUUUUUGCUAAGCAUUUUUUUUUAUGUUUCCAUACCUGAUUUGAAAUGACCUCUGAUGACCAAAGCUAAAAGAGUAAGAGUAAAUGUCUGAAAUGAGUGAAAUAACUAAAUGUCCUUGUUUUCCUGUCAAUAGAUUUCUGAGUGAUACAAAGAUCCCAAAACAGGAUGUGUCAUACAGAGUGUUUACAAUCCAGCCACUGUUCGAUGCAGCAGCGGCUGGAAAUGUCUAUAAACUAAAGGGGUUGCUGAAAUACCUCCAGCACACCUCGAAACACCUCACAGACUGGGACCUCCGAGAUCCUACCAAUGGGAAAACUGUUCUCCUGAAGGCCCUCUUGAACCUCAGGAAUGGGCAAAAUGACAUCAUUGUGCUUCUGGACAUCGCAGAGGCAACUGGAGAUCUGUAUGCUUUGGUCAAUGCAGCAUACACCGACAGCUUUUACAAAGGACAGAGUGCCCUGCAUAUCGCCAUUGAGAGACGAAGCCUGCACUUUGUUAAGCUGCUUGUGCAGAAAGGAGCAAAUGUACAGGCCAAAGCCUGUGGGAAAUUCUUCCAGUUCAAAACCAGACCUGGAUUUUACUUUGGUGAACUUCCGCUGUCAUUGGCAGCUUGCACUAAUCAGUUGAACAUUGUAAAAUUCCUCUUGAAGAACCCUUACCAAAGGGUGGACAUCACAGACAAGGACUCCCAUGGAAACACAGUGCUGCAUGCUCUAGUAACCAUAGCAGACAACUCUCCUGAAAACACAGAGUUUGUCACAGUGAUGUACGACGACAUUCUGAAAAGGGCAGGCCAGCUCUACCCCAAAAUCAAACUGGAAGACAUUGAGAAUGACCAAGGUCUGACUCCCAUCAAACUGGCUGCCAAAACUGGCAAGAUUGGGCUGUUCAAACACAUGGUGAGACGAGAGUUCCUGGAUGAGGAGAGCAUCCACCUGUCGAGAAAGUUCACAGAGUGGGUGUAUGGCCCUGUCUACUCCUCCCUCUACGACCUGGCCUCUCUGGACUCCUACGAGAAGAACUCCGUGUUAGAGAUCAUUGUCUACGGCUGCGAGAACCCUAACCGCCAUGAUAUGCUUCAAAUAGAGCCUCUACACAGUCUAUUGGAGGAGAAAUGGCAUAUUUUUGCCCGGCGAAUAUUUUGGUUCAACUUCAUCGUCUAUGUUGUAUACCUGGGGAUAUUCACUUCCGUGGCUUUUUUCAGAAAAGAGGGAGAGCCACCGUUUCCCGUUCAACAUGUGCCAUCUGACUAUUUUCGUCUCGCUGGACAAAUAAUCAGCCUCCUUGGUGCCAUUUACUUUUUCUUCAAAGGGAUAUCAGACUUCAGGAGAAAGAGGCCAAAGCUACAAACAUUACUGGUGGACGGCUACAGUGAAUUUCUUUUUUUACUGCAGGCAGCGCUCCUGCUGUUCUCAGCAGUGCUGUACACCAGCGGGCGAAGGGAGUAUGUGGGCUUCCUGGUGCUCUCCCUGGCUCUCAGCUGGAUCAACCUCCUCUACUUCUUCAGGGGCUCCAAGCACAUGGGCAUCUACGGCGUUAUGAUACAGAGGAUGAUCAUCAGUGAUAUUUCACGCUUUCUUUUUGUUUACAUCGUCUUCCUUUUAGGAUUUUCAGCAGCUGUUGUGACUCUCAUUGAGGAACCCCCCCCACUCAUCAAGCGCCUGGAGAACAGCACUGCUGCUCCAGAGACAGUGCUGGGUGGAGGCCAUGCGGGCCUGUGCAGCCGCAGACACUCUUUCAACAACAUCUACUUCACCACCCUGGAGCUCUUCAAGUUCACCAUCGGCAUGGGCGACCUGGAGUUCACCGAGCAGUACCAGUACAAGGAGGUGUUCUUCAUCCUGCUCAUCUCGUACAUCGUGCUCACCUACAUCCUCCUGCUCAACAUGCUCAUCGCCCUCAUGAGUGAGACUGUGGAGAGGAUAUCCAGAGACAGCAAGAGCAUCUGGAAACUGCAGAGAGCCCUGACCAUCCUGGACCUGGAGCGGAGCCUACCUCACUGGCUCAGGAAGAACCUGCGCUCUGGGGUGGUGAAGGAGCUGGGGGACAAACCAGGCGAGGACACCCGCCGCUGUUUCAGUUUGGAGGAGGUGAACUGGAGCAAGUGGCACACGGACCUGGGCAUUAUCACUAAAGACCCAGGGAGCUGUGACAUCAAGCCCUACAACAGGUCACGCAGAGAGAGCUUUGUACGAGUCGUGUCUACUCUAAGAAGGAAUGAGAUUGUGAAAGGCCUGACGCAUGCAGAUGACAAGAGCUCCUGAGGUCACUCCAUACAGCAGACGGCAGCUGAGCAGUCUGUAGCGGAUCAGCCAGACCUGAUCUGGAGUCAGCUGCAAUUAAGUCACAAUCUGUGACCACUUCAGUGACCUACAUGUAGACAUCCAGACACAUUAGUGAAUUGCUGCUCAAUUUAUCAUUAAGAGAAAAUAAAAGUAGCUGCAACCA